GACCCGGCGUUGUGCCAGCUCACAGAAAGUGCCACGACUCCACAGACCACGGAUACAGGGAGACAUCGAGACAGAGCCUGAGCCUUGGGAUAGCCACAUAUUUCACUUUGGAUGAGAAAAAUAUUUUAAACAUCGCUGGAGCUUUUCGGUUUUCCUGGUCGGACUGACGUGUGCAGAAAAUAAAAAAAGGCAUUACUGGACAUUGAAGUGGCAGUCAUGGACAUCUAUGACCCCCAAACGCUCGGCAUCAUGGUCUUCAGCGGGUUCAUGCUGAUCUCGGCCAUCGGUAUCGCCCUGGUCUCCACCUUCUCCAUGAAGGAGACGUCGUACGAGGAGGCCCUGGCCAAGCAAAGGCAGGAGCUGAAUAAGAUCCAGCCCCAGCGGGCGGACAAGAGGAAGAAGGACAAGGCGCUGGACAAACGAAGCCGAGGGAAGAAGAAGGACGACAAGCCUAACGGGAAGCUUCCCGACACGGACACCGCGACACCUGACCUGAGCGAGGCCGAGACGCCCGCCGAACCCCCAACUCCCGAGCCUGUGGUGGUGGCUCCGGUCCCUGCGCCCACCCCUGCCCCUUUGGCUGCCGCUCCGGCCCCAGCUCCGGUCGUCGCUGCUGCCCCUGCCCCGCCUGUGUCGGCCGCACCCCCCCGCGCUGCUCAGGUUGAGGCUCCCGCAGCCCCCUCCCCGAAGGACAAGAGGAAGAAGGAGAAGAAGGUUGCCAAGGUGGAGCCGGCCCAAACCCAGCAGGCCGCCGCCCCGAAACCCGCUCCUGCCAAGCCCGAGGUUGUGGUCAAAGAGGUUCCCGUAAUGGCAGUGCCCCCAGUGGGCGCCCAGAAAAGUGCCCCUCCAGCUGCCCCUGCUGUUGCUGCGCCCACCAAAGCUGAAGAGCCCAAAGCUGAGGCCCCUUCCAAGAAGAAGGGAGGCUCCAAGAAGAAGGCUGAGCCAGCUGCCGUGGCAACAGAUUCGGUGGACGCCGCCCUGUACCUGCCCUACAAGGCGCUGGUUUCCACGGUGAAGAGCAUGAUGUUCAGCGAGGGGGAGGCCCAGCAGCUCAUUGAGAUCCUGAGCGAGAAGUCUGGAGUUGGAACCUGGCAUACGGCCACUCAGAAGGGCGACCCCGUGGCAGUGCUGAAGAAGCAGCUGGAGGAACGUGAAAAACAGCUGACUGCUGAGCAACAGGACGCCACUGCCGCCAAGAACCGCCUCCGUGAGAUGACCAAGGAGCUGUCCACUGAGAAGUCCAAGGUGGCACAGACAGAGGCGCGCCUCACUGCCCAGCUCAGUGCCCGCGAGCAGGAGAUGGUGGCGCUGCAGGCACGCAUGCAGGCCAGCUACCAGGACCACAUGGCCGAGACGCACAAGUACAAGACGAAGGUCCAGAGUCUGCAGGAUCAGCUGGAUAAGGGCCCGAGUGCUCAGAUGGCUCGUCUGCAGCAGGAGAACUCCAUCCUGCGCGACGCCCUCAACCAGGCCACCAGCCAGACUGAGAGCAAGCAAAAUGCAGAGCUAGCCAAGCUGAGGCAGGAGUGUGCUAAACUGAGCAAGGAGGUGGGGGAGAAGAGCGAGGCACUGCAGGCCGACGAGCACAUCAGGAAGGGCCUGGAGGCCAAGGUGGCGGCCGCCGAGAACCAGCUCUCACAGCUGCAGGCGGGCCGCGCGUCAAGCGAGCUGGCUCUGCAGAGGCGUCUGGAGGAGGUGAGCGAGGAGCUGCGUGCGUCCCAGAGCACCAGUCGCAGCCUCCAGGCCCAGCUGGAGCAGGGCAAGCAGGAGGGCACCACACUCACAGACCUGCAGGAGCGUGUGUCGAGUGCGGAGGCGGCUCUUGAGGAGCGCGAGGUGCUGGUGAAGGCCCUGGAGGAGAAGCUGACCCAGGCUGAGCUGGAGAAGACCCAGCUGGAGGACCAGGUGGGCUCCAUCCAUGUGCUGCUGGAGGCCAGCCAGAGCCGCGAGGAGGACGACGGACACAUGCAGACAGAAUCUGCAGCAGAGCUGGAACAGGUGAAGAACAGUCUCAAGGAGAAAGAGAGCCAGCUGGCAGCCCUCGAAGAGCAACUGAAGCAGUUUGCGGAAAUGAAAACUGAUAGUAUCACUAGUGCUGUUGCAAACACUACAGAGGCCGAACAAGCCCCUAGCCAAGAGCAGCAGAGUUUGACAGCAUCGCUUGCAGAGGAGCUGAGAAGUCUGAAAGAAGAGAUGGAGAGAAAAAAUAUCAGCAAUGCUGAGAUGACAGGCGAAAUGGAGACACUAAGGGUGAGUCUCAAAGAACGGGAGUCGCUGUUAGCAUCGCUGGAAGCUGAACUUCAACAAGCAAAGGAGGAGAAAGCAAGUGUAUCAAGCCAGGCUGACAGCAAAGCUGAACUGGAAGCACUACAAAACAGCCUGAGGGAGCGAGAGAGGCAGGUGGUCGAUCUUGAAGAGGAACUGAAGCAAGCCAAGAGCAGUGCUGAUCUUCUGCCUGACCACACAGCAGACUUGGCAUCUCUGCAGAGCAGCCUAACAGAAAGAGAUGCACUGGUCACCUCACUGAAACAGGAGCUUCAGAAGUUGAAAGAAGCGGAACAAUCAAAGGGCGAUGACAAAGCAGAGUUCACAGCAUUUCAAGCAGAGACCAAAGAGGUUCUUCAUUCACUCUUUCCACACAUCAAUAUCCAGACAGAAGAGACCAAAUGGUUGCAGGAGUUUGCACAGAAAGCACAAGAGACACUAAACCAAAGGCAACAAAGUCAGGAACCACAGCCAAGCACAGAAGUAGAGGAGGUGUUGGGGAAGUUGCGAGUCGCAGAGGAGAGCCAGACCACACUACAGGCUGAGUGUGACCAGUACAGGAUUGUCCUGGCUGAGACGGAGGGCAUGCUGAAACACCUGCAGAGGAGCGUGGAGGAGGAAGAGCGAGGAUGGAAGGCCAAGGUCAUGGAAUUACAGGACCAGCUCAAAACGGCUCUAGAGAAGGUGCAGAGUCUGGAGGAGACGGCAGACUCAGAGCAGCUGAGGGAGCAGGUGUUGCUGCUGGAGGCCCAGCUGGAGAAGCAGCUGGAGUCGGCCACGUCAGACAGCAACAACUACUCUGAGGAGAUGAUACAGCUGAAGCUUGCGUUAGAGGAAACUCAGCGACAGCUGGAAGUGGCGCAGAGGGAGGCACAGGCUCAAAGGGAGGAGUUGUCUCUGGUCAGAGAACAGCUGAGUGAGAUGACGGAGAACACUCAGAGAGAGGAUAAGAAGGAGCAGAACGGCCAAUCAGAGCUUGAGGUCCAAGCGGAGUUGGCCUCUACGGUUGAGAGACUUCAUGGGGAGGAGGGCCAGAGGCUGCAGAUGUCCGAGGAGUUUGAGCAGGCCCAGAGGACGGUGAUGGAGCUGCAGUCCCAACUGGAUCUACUGAAGGCCGCAGGGGACACGCCUGCCUCUGACACGGAGGAUGUGGUCGAACUCAAGGAGCGUCUGGAGAAGGAAAAGAAGUUGUCCAAGGACCUGGGCCAGGCAGCCACCAAACUCCAGCAGCUCCUCAAAGUCAGUCAUGAGCAACUCGCCAAAGAGAAGGACACAGUCAAGGCCCUCAGUGACCAACUUCUAGCGAAGGUAGAGACUGGGGAGGUGAAAGAGGGGACGUCUGUCUGAGUUAGACAAACACUAUACAAGUUGCCAAAAUGCCUUAAGAUGAGCAGAGUUAUGCAUUCCUGCAAGUUGAUUUGUUGUACUGUAGUUUAAUUAAUACUCAAGGAAAAGAGUAAAAAGACAAACUUCUCAUUGUUAAAUGUAGACAAAUGUGUUACAAAUCUUUUUUUUUUUUAUGUUGACAAACAUUCCAUUAAUGAACUUCUGACCAUGUCAGAAAAUAUCCCUAAUUUGCCUUUGCUUAAAGUCCCCAAUGGUUCAGUGUUAAGGGAAACCGCAUGUACGUUAAAUGUACAUCAACUAGUGCAAUGACUUUAUCGUUUGUAUUGUCAAAGGUUGAGACAAGUCGGAACAUGUUAAGGUACAAUGAUGUAUUACAUUGUAUGCCUGCUACUUUCUGUAGCUGGCUGGUAACAAAAAUGUAUGAAUUUGAUAAAGAAUAAACUACAAUGUAGCUUUAAA